AUGGCCGCCUUCGUGCGCAUUUCAGGCCCGGCAAAUGGCAAUUUCCUGCUCGGAUACCCAGGAAUCUCCGCGACUAUGCCACGCAUCGAGGGUAAAGUCGAAAUCCGCCCCUGCGCUGGUAUUACAGCCCCCGUCAACGUUUCGCUCGUCACCAUCUCCCUCCUCCGUCGCGAAACCAUCCACCCCUCGGCCGACUCCGUUGCAAAGAAACGCUUGGCACCACCACGCAAAGAGAUUACAGAUAUCGUGGGCAAAGAGAUGCUCCUGUUCCGAUGCCCCGCCGGAAGAGAAUACGAAGAGGUAAUAUCCAUGGAUCUGCCUUUUGUGCUAUUUAUUCCAUUUGGUCGUGGGGGUCGUGAUGCCUCCCGCCGUGUGCCCCCAGCUAGUGUACAGCUCCAGAGUCGUACCGCCGAAACCUACUACGAGAUGGUGGUGAUGGUCCAGCAAGGGCAACAAGAACAGCGCAAAUAUACCUUCCCGGUGCCCAUUGCGCGCUAUGACACACUUUCCACUUUCGGCAUGUAUAAUCGUCCCGAGUCCGCGGAACGGGUAUCGGAUCAUUUGGUCACACUGGCCAUCUCCGUACCGAGGUGGUCAUACGGUCCCCUGGAUCCCGUGAGCGUCUACGUUAAGUUAUCACCGAACGAAAGCUGGAUGGGCAAGGCACGCAAAGUGACCAUCAGUAAGAUCACCAUCGGCAUCGACGAGGAGAUCAUCUUCAACCACGAGGGAGACGAGCCUCAACGCAAAGUGAAGGUUCUAGCAAAAAAGACGGAGAUUAUCGGUGUCAAACUGCCCCAGUCCGGCUACUUGACAAAUUUGGGAUUGGUAUUUCCUGCCAAGGACUUGCGCGACGCCGAAGGAAUCUUGCCUAGGAAUCGAGCCGCAUUUCCGACAUACGGCGUGAGCGGUUUCACCACCACAGCCAGUUUAUAUAAGAUUGAGUACUACCUCACCGUGCGAGCCCACUUAACCUCUGCCAGAGAUAUCACCAUACGACAGCCGAUCGUGGUCUGUCCACUCGACCAUGCCGGCUGCAAGGAGGAAAUGGAAGCUAUCGAGCAAGCCGCUCGCGACGCCGCGCAUAUCAAUCCAGACAACCCAAUGCUGCCCCUCCCGGCAAUAGUACGACCCAACGACCACAACGCCCUCAGCCACCUGGGCUGUGCCAUUGUGGGCAACCAGAAGAAACCGCUGAUCGACUGA